AUGGCCUCUUCCCUCUAUGGCGACAUCAAGCGUCGAGACCACAAAUCCGUCUUCAUACGGCCGCAGGAGGGACUCUUCGGACUGAAGGAGUGGAUCGACCAGGGCUACUUGCCCCCCAUGCCAGACAACUCAGGCCGCCUGGUGAAGCAGCGGUAUGCUCGCAAGAUGCGCGUGGACAGUCCUCAAGAGACUUCAGAGGAGGAGGAUGGGGAGGAUGAGCCCAUCUCCAGUUCCGAGACCGAGCAGGAGAAGGCACGAGGGGAGCAUGGGGCAUGCCCAGGGGCCGCGCGGGGGCAAGUGCAUUGGGAGCGUGCGGGGCACUCCCACGGGUAA